AGCGAAGUGAAGAUAGCAUUAGGAAAAGGAUGCAGAGGGAGCGCUAUUAUACUAGGACAAAAACAAGAACUCAGACUCACUGAGAAGCUACAAGAUGCCACCACACGCAGGCGCCGCCGCAGGAGCUGCCGUGGACGCCAUCACACAGCCCCGUCCACUGAACACAGAAAGUGUGAUGACGCGAUUCCGGGGCACUUUUGACAAGUGGGUAGCGAAAGUGACAGACCUCGACAAGCACGAUCUCGAGUCACGGCUUGUAAGCCUCGAAAAGCGCUCCCACCUUCGGGUGCUAAACGGACAAAUCAACAUUUGGUAUGUGCUUGCGGUGCGCAACAAGACGCGUGCAGACAAGGCGCCGGUCCCGCCCCCGGUGCGCGCGAAGAUCUUGGAAUUCAUUACCGACCCGGCAGGGCUAGGCCGCGUUGCUUCCGAUUGCGGAGGAAUGAGCACCCUCGGGUCGUCCGUGCUCGAACAGUACGACGCCCGCGAUGUGAUUCCGUAUUUUCUUGAAAAAAUCCGGGCGAGCGUCGAAACCGGAACCGUCGACCUCUUCGAUCUCACGCAGCAAAUCCUCGAUGGCGCUCCAAGCCUCCCGAACAACGAGCGGCCGCGUAUUGACAUUAUCGUGGUAAUCCUCAUCAAGAAGGGCUUUGAAAUCAUUGCAAAAACCGGUGAGGGCGACGACGCUACGAAGACCUGGAACAAGUGGAACCUGAUCGAGAUGCCAAACCAGCACACCGGUUGGGACCAGCACCUGCCGCUCCCCUUGCGCGUCAGGAUAAAUCACUGGGGCCACGCCACUAUACCGAGACUUUUCUUUGCAAAGAAAGUUGUCGACUGUUUCAACAACAACUUGGCGGGGAGGGCGGGUCAUCAUCUUUCACAAGGCGAAGCCCGGAAACCUGCACCAUUUUGGUCGGAUUUCAAGCAGACCAUCAGCCGCAGUGGCGACGAGGUGGUGAAGUACCUGCUGAACCUUUUUUCUGCCACCCUCUCCAAGGGCAUCCCGCUGCUGGAGAUCAGCCGCGAAGUGAUGGAGCAGGCGCCAAAGCUCCCGAGCGGCGAGUCCUACCCUCUCGGCAUUCCGCAGUUGCAUGCACUACAUAGAGAACUUCCGUCUUCUCUGUGCCUGCUCUUCAAACUGUCAGACGAACAGGAAGCGAAGGGAUUCACGAUAGUUCCACCAAACCGGGUCCAUGGCAACCGCGUUGAUGAUGCGCCGGAAGAUGAGGCGGAGCCGAUGCAGCACGACGCUGACCCACUUCCUUUCUUUCUCCAUGCGCAGUUCAAUGUAGAUAAACUCGCGAUAUAGUCGCGAUGCCUCUUGCGCUUCGUCCGCGAUCCACCUCCGACCCUCUCGCUUAUGCAAAAAACGCAAUAAGCAUUCCUAUUAAUUGUUGCUGAAAUUCGCACUGAUGAGCAUUGCGAUUACGCCCUCGAUAUUUCUGUGCUGCUGUCUCCUAGGACUGGGGCGAGCUGAGGAACAAAUGACCGAAGAACAAAUAAUGACGCGCGACGUUAUUCCCGGCUUCCGGGACGAGGCG